ACUUCCGCAUUGUUGUCACUCCCCCUCCACAGCUACUGUUGACCCUGCUGCAUACUCGCUUGAAACCACCAACUCAUCUGCCAUCCCGGGGAUACUUGUCUUUUAAAUACAGUUUGUUUGCAAGCCAAGUUAGCGCUGUUCUCGUCCUUGCUGCUGUAGGAGUUCUGGCGAGUCCGCAGCCACUGCUGGCCAUGGAGCGAGGAAGUGGGUUUUCAUUCAUGAAGUAUGGGACGGCAGUGUCUCUUGCGGUGGUUCUGCUGGCGUACUGGUUCCGACCUCCCGGGGAUUCAAGGCUGGAUGACCGGUUGGACACAGUGCUGUCCUCCCUGCUGCGGGCUGAAAGCAAAGUGGGGAUUAACAACGCCAGACCCAGGGUGGCGAUAGGUUUAGGGGGUUGUGUAGACAUCCUCGUGGACGGGGUGAGGUUGCUGAAUAAGAUCGGCCUGCCACCCACAAACCAGCCUCUCCAUCAUGACUACAUAGAGAACGCUGAUCAGCUGGCACAGAGCUUCGCUUACUUCUUCGUCCCGGGAGCCGCUGCAGAGCGGUUUGUGAUGAACAACACCCUGUUCAGUCAGCUGGUCGAGACAUCUCGUGAGUUGCCCGGCAACCGCUGGUCCAUAGGUGGCAACGCCCCAGUGAUGGCUGGUCGAAUGGCAACCGAGGGCUGCGACGUGUUGUUAGGGGGGAGCUUUAGCCCUGACUUCGCUGAUGUACUGUCCCAGCACAUCACAGUUGCAGGUAAUGUGGUGGAGGAGCCUGAUAUCCAUCUGAUCCUGGAGUACCCAUCUGGAGCCACCUGGGGCCAGUACACCGCCCGCAGGGCCAACAGGUACAUAGUCCACAGUGAUGACCAUAACCCAUACCUAGCGGCACUGGAGGACUUUGAGGAUAAGCUGCAGGACUUCCAUCCUGACCUGCUGGUGAUGGGUGGGCUCCAAAUGAUGGACAGCUUCCCCUUCCAACAGGGUGAGAGGAAAAACCUGCUCUCUCGGCUGGGCAAUCUCCUCUCCUCCUCCUCCCCUCGAACGGGCGUCCAUUUUGAGAUGGCCAGCUUUGUGGAUGAGGGUCUAAUGGGGGACCUGCUGCGUCUGGUCCUGCCCAAUGCCGACUCCCUGGGGAUGAACGAGCAGGAGCUGCCCAACCUGCUCAGCCUGUUGAGGGGCUCUAACGUCACCGUGCUCUCUGACCCUAACCCUCGCGUUGCAACCGUCCUCGACCAGAUGAGGGAGCUCUACCGCCUGGUCAACCAGCGCUACCGCGAUGCUAAUGAGGAUAGCAGCGUGGACGCUAAUGCAGCUAGCGCUAAAGGCCGGCCACUGUCCAGGCUCCACGUGCACACGUUGGCGUUCCAGGCCAUGAUUGUGACGCGUGGCUCCCAGUGGAAGAACACUAUGUCGGCCGUGGCCAAGGCCUCGCUUACCGCCAACCGCCACGUGUGCGGCUCACCGGACAUCGACCCCAGCAAGGCGCGGCUCAUCAUGGACGAGUCAUUCUCUGUGAGCCGGCAGGAGGGCAGCCAGCGGAUCCCUCUAGAGGAGACCAGGCCUGUCAGCUGCUGGGACGAGGAUGACUAUGAGAUCUGUGUGGCGCCCAACCUGGUAUGCACAGAUGUUUACCAGACUGCAGGGGGAGGGGACAACAUCUCUGCCGCAGGACUGGUGCUGCAGAUCUGAGCCAACUUUAGGGACCAACGGCUAACUCUAACAAAGAGAUCCCCUAACAUGUGAAGUCUUUUAUCAUUCUGGUUUUAGUUGUGGUGUUUAUUAUGUUGCCGGUGCAAUGCAAACGCUGGGUGCAGUGUGUCUGGCAGGGCUGAGCCUAUUCCUCUUCUGUGCUUUUAGCUGUCCUCUGCCUCUUUCUCCUCCUGUGCUCCUCUUUCUCCUGUCCUCUCUCUGAGCAGUAUGACCUGACACAUCCACACACACUCAUACACUCUCAUUCCAUCAGGUGGAGCUCAUCUCAUAAUCUCACUCACCAUAUGGGACCUAUUUCCUCAACCAGGGCCACGUUCCGUAGCCAAAUGUUGCAGAUAGAAAUACCACGAAUAGAGCCGACGUGAUUCCUUACUCUACAUGUCGGAGGCAUGUUUGUUCUACAUAGAAGUAUGCUAUCUGAAUAUCCAAAAUGCCCCCGUGUGUUUUUUCCUUUGACGUGUGUGUUUGUCAGGUGUGUUAAGGUCCAGACACUGAUCACAUACACGUCACACAUCCACUCCCUGUUGAGCAUUACAUAUAUACAUAUCUGGUGUCCAUAGCUAUUCCAUUCUAUCCCAGGAUAUCCACGUACAAAACAAACAUUCCAUCAGUUUCACCAUUUCAGCCAUAAUGUUCUGUUUCUUUCGUCAAGGGAAUUUUCAAUCGUUUUUUUCUCAAGGGAAAGCUUUUGUUUGAUAUCUGACUGUUUUCAUGUUAACCUGAUUUUAGAGCUGGUGGCAUACAGGCAUUUAUCUCAUGUGUCUAGCUAAGCAGUAGAAAAGGGAAUUUAAAUGUGUUAGCUCAGUGUUGUGUGAUGAUUCUUCCUCAGUCUGGCCUGUACACAUAAUGCACAGUAAUGUUGUCGUCUUCAGUCUGAAUACUAUGUAAUGGUUGAUGACAACCACAGGGAGUGUUUCUCUGUUAUGUCUGUAAUGUGAAAAAGAAACUUUUUUUUUACCCUUAACAUGAGCAUGUAUUCUUCUCAUAACCUCCUCACUCUCCGUAUACUGCCUGCAUCCUAUCAUAUCAUUGAGUCCUACAUACAUUGGGCGCUUAAGUUGUGUGUUUGAAUGAUUAUUGCAUGGGCCACAUACAAGGCGCUUUGGAUAAAAGCAUCUGCAAAUUAAGUAUAAUAUAUAUAUCAGCCAAACAAGUUUGUGUUAUUUAGAUGUACUUUCUCUGCAGAACAGCCCAUAUGAUCUCUUUACCUGGGCCCAUAUUCAUAAAGCUUCUCGGAGUAGGAGUAAUAAUCUAGGAUCAGUUAUAUUUUAGCUCAUAGGCAAUUGAUUAAGUUUACAUAGACCGGGGUUAAGCUGAUCCUAGAUCAGCACUUCUACUAUGGAACUCCUUAUGAAUACAGGCCCUGUUCUGAAGGGAGACUGGGUGCAUCCUAACAGUCUAAAGUGGCUUUCUCUCCUUGUUUCCUUUAAUUAAUUGGCACUGAUCAGAAAGAACUACGUCUAUCCCCAAUCACAUACGUUGAGAUGAGUGCAGAUGGAAGGGAGGAAACCGCUGUGUACUACUGACAUGCAGCAUGAAGCCUGUAUGCUUGGCAGGGUUUCUCCACUGUCCUCUUAAGGCGGCUGGAUUUAUUUCCAGACAGAACACCAUGCCACUCCAAGCUGAGUCCACCCCUCUGGGUGACUGACGUGCGUGUGUGUUCCUGCUUCUCGGCAACUGCUUGUACACACCCAUGCUGUGUGUGCGUAUGUAUUUGCAUCAGUGUGCAUGCUUUCAGAAUAUAUUUGCGUGAGUGAAUGAAUGUGUGUGUUGCUCUGGCCAGCUGUAAUUGUUGUCUCAGGGAUUAGCUGACCUGUGCUGUUAAGGAGAUGUGGAAUAUCUGGAUCCUGCUUUGUGGAGGCUCUGGGAUAGACCCUUCCAGAUGGAUCGCAGUACAUGGAAGGAAGGAUGGCUCAUGGCCAGGUGAAUUGUUUUGCUCUGAGUGACUUCGGCGAAAUAAAGAAACACAUUCCAUCUUC